GAUACAAUUGUGAAAUUAGGGAGAUUGUAAUAUGUCUGCGUUCGGCUCGUAUUAUUUCUUCAUACUCAGUUUGGGAAAGACAAAUACUUUGAAAAGGAAACGGGCCAAGUUAUCGAGGAAAGCAGGAUUCGAUUGUUUUCCAGGCUUGUCUUGCUCAACUGAGAAGUUUGGUGCAUUGGACCGUUCACUGGCUGCAGAGAGAGUCGAACAAGCGACUGAACUUAUGAAUCAAAUCCUACAGGCUGACGGUUUUGGUGCAGAUAACGUUGCCAAGGUGAAUGAGGAAUUUUAUAAAGCUAUCAAUCGACGUGAUUUUGAAACUCUUCAAUCUUUAUGGCUUUUUUCGGAUCAAAUAAGUUGUGCACACAUAUUGUGUGAGGACCUCGUCACUGGAUAUGAUAGAGUGCUUGAAUCUUGGUCUGCUUAUUUACAGAGCAUGACAACACAAGUGGAAGUUAAGAACGAAAGAAUUUAUAUUCGUGGAACCGUUGCGUGGGUCACACAUGAAGCCGUCGCUACUCCGAAAGACACAGACGUUCAGAGCGACUAUCUUAGGGUUGACUUUCUGGCUACCAAUAUUUUACAGUGGACAAAUAAUUCUUGGCUUUUUGUACAUCACCAUGCGUCUCCACUAUGAAAUAGUUGUUUGAAAGGAGAGAUUAUUACUUACACCCUUCAGUUUCCAGGUCUUGUUGUUUCAUUUGUAGAGCAGUAAGCAAAUUAAGUUGCAAGUUU